AUGUUUUGUUUGGCUUAUGAUUUAAAGGCCGGUGUUUUACUUAAAAAUUUGAUUGUUCCAACCAUGCCUAUUUUAGGAUGUGUUUGUAUAAUUAUAAUGACUUUUAUUGUGGGAAGAUUAUAUGGUUUCUUUUUAGAUGAUUAUAAAUUCACUAAUUAUUAUUUAGUGUUAUUGGGUGGUGGUUAUUUGUCAAUAGCAAUUAUACUUUCAAAUAUAUUUUUAAAAUAUACUUUUAUAUUUUUUAUUUGUAGUGGUAUUGCAUCAGAUUAUUUUAUUAGAGAAUCUUUUUUAAUUAAUAGAAUAUUUGAAGAUAGAAAUGAUAAGCUUUAUUUUAUUUCUUUAUCGAUGUUAUUAAAUUUAUGUUUAUAUGGUGGAGUAUUUCCAGAGUUUUUUAUGAAUAUUCGUUAA